ACCCGGGUGCUCAUGGACAUAAACCACUAGAGUAUAGACCCGGUUUUCCACCACCGAACAGACAAACACACUCCCUAGUCCCUAGUCAGACACUUAAGAGCUACCGUAAGCUUACGUCAUCACCGCCGUCCGCAGACUCCGCCGGGCGCUGAGUUCUCCAUUUUUUUUUUUCAGGCGGUGAUGGACAGUCAGGUUCUGUGUUUUAAUCGCAACCACUGUUUUGUCAAAACGGUGCCGCAGCAGCAGCAGCGUCUCCAAUUUCACACGCUACUUGCUGCUCACAAAACUUCAUCUCUUUCUUUUCGACAAGGGUUUGCUUGCAAGGGGGCAAGUUGCUCGAUGAAGUCUUACAGGCUAUCUGAACUUACGCCCGCUGAGGUUCAGAACCUCAAGGCUCGUCCUAGGAUUGACUUCUCUUCAAUUUUCAGCACGGUCAACCCAAUUGUAGAUGAUAUUCGCAAAAGAGGUGAUGCUGCUGUUAAGGACUAUACUGCAAAGUUUGACAAAGUUGAACUGGAUAAGAUAGUUGUAGAAGUAUCUGAGCUUCUAGAUCCAGAGCUUGAUCCUUCUAUUAAAGAAGCAUUUGACGUGGCAUAUGACAAUAUAUAUGCAUUUCAUUUUGCCCAGAAGUCAGCAGAGAAAACUGUUGAGAAUAUGAAGGGUGUCAAAUGUAAACGAGUGGCAAGAAGUAUUGGUUCUGUAGGUCUUUAUGUUCCAGGAGGAACUGCAGUUUUACCUUCUACCGCUCUGAUGCUUGCAGUUCCUGCUCAGAUUGCUGGAUCUAAAACCGUUGUACUUGCGACUCCCCCAAGUCGGGAUGGCAGUAUAUGCAAGGAAGUACUCUACUGUGCUAAGAAGGCUGGUGUAACUCACAUCCUUAAAGCUGGUGGUGCUCAGGCGAUAUCUGCUAUGGCUUGGGGUACAGAAUCUUGCCCAAAGGUCGAAAAAAUUUUUGGCCCUGGAAAUCAGUAUGUCACGGCAGCGAAAAUGAUUCUCCAAAAUAGUGAAGCCAUGAUCUCAAUUGACAUGCCAGCAGGCCCUUCCGAAGUUUUGGUCAUUGCGGACAAGCAUGCCAGUCCUGUUCAUGUAGCUGCAGAUUUACUUUCUCAGGCUGAGCAUGGCCCUGAUAGUCAAGUUGUUCUUGUAAUUUCCGGGGAUGGUGUUGAUAUUAAAGCUAUAGAAGAGGAAGUUAAGAAGCAGUGCGACAGCCUACCAAGGGGAGAUUUUGCCUCAAAAGCACUGAGCCAUAGUUUCACAGUGUUUGCUCGUGAUAUGGUUGAGGCUGUGUCCUUUUCAAACUUAUAUGCACCUGAGCAUCUGAUCAUCAAUGUCAAUGACGCAGAAAAGUGGGAGAGUUUCAUUGAGAAUGCAGGUUCUGUGUUUUUAGGGCCGUGGACUCCAGAGAGUGUUGGAGAUUAUGCGAGUGGAACAAACCAUGUCCUUCCAACAUAUGGCUAUGCACGGAUGUAUGGUGGUGUGUCUUUAGACUCCUUCCUUAAGUACAUGACUGUGCAGUCUCUAACAGAGGAAGGUCUGCAAAAGCUUGGCCCUUAUGUAGCCACGAUGGCUGAAGUUGAGGGAUUAGAGGCCCACAAGAGAGCCGUAACCCUUAGACUUAAAGAUAUUGAAGCCAGGCGGGUUCCAAAUAGCAGGUGAUUUUUACACAUCCUUUUGCAAAAUUUGUUCUCCCCUUCGGGGGGAAUGAAUUGCCAUUUUUAUGAGCAUAUAGCUACUACCGAAACCAAAUUUUGUUUGUAAUCUAGGAACUGGCUCAUGCUUCUUGAACAUAUCUCUUGUUAAGGCCGAUGUUUUAUAAACUUGGUUGAAUAUAUGACCCCAAAAGAUUGAUGUUUUGGGUCUCUUAUCAUGUAUUAGUAGAAGCAAUCAGGUUGUUGAAAUGGUGGGGACAAAAUAGGUUCAUCUGUGAACACUACAAAUCAUUAAUCUUUUUUUCUUUUGAAGCUGUUCCCUUUUGUUCUAAACAGUGCAAUAGAUGCUCAUCAAAUUCUUCUUUUUUCCAA